CAUUAGAGAGGCGCGAUACAGAGCUUCACUCCACCCCCCCCCGCGCCAUCUUGCUGCGUGUGCGCUAGGGAGGGGGUGCUGAGUUGUGAGAGUGAGUCUGAGCCGGCCCGGAGGAUCUGUUCCCGCCAUGCCGCACUACCAGACCUGGGAGGAGUUCACCCGUGCUGCCGAAAAGCUCUACCUCGCCGAUCCCAUGAAGGUGCGUGUGGUUCUUAAAUACCGACACUGUGAUGGGAAUCUGUGUAUCAAAGUAACAGAUGAUGUAGUUUGUCUGCUAUAUAGAACAGACCAGGCUCAAGAUGUAAAGAAGAUUGAGAAAUUCCACAGUCAGCUAAUGCGACUCAUGGUAGCUAAGGAAUCCCGCAGUGCUGCCAUGGAAACAGACUGAAUUGCUGAAAAUAAAAUGAAAGCUCCAGUCAUAUUUCAUGGGAAGAAAAUAUCACUUGGAUUUGAGCAAACAUUGGGACAGGAGAUGUUUUAUGUAACGAAGUGGACUAUGAAAAGUCUGAAGCAUUUUUUCCCCCGCCCUAGACGCCACUUCAGAUAACUAGGAAAAUAAAUGCUUUCAGUUGAAAGCCUCUAUUUAUUUUUGAAAAUUAAGCAAGAAAAAUAUAUCCUCCAUGGAAAACAUUCUUACAAGUCUUGCUUAACAUACUUUAACCUGUAAAUAUUUUCUUUUGUAAAUCUACAGUACUCUAAUUUGAAAGUGAAAGGAAACAAGUGUAUCCCUCUGGAAAGUGAGAGCAUGUCUUCAUGUAGAUUAAAUUGAUCUUAUUUGCAUUCA